CGAGUAACUUAUCGUAAUUUAAAAGAAAAGUUAAAUUGCUUCGUAUUGUUUUCGUUGCAGGAUAAUGAUAUGUUUCACGGGACCUUUACUUAUCGUUAAGGUAGUUACAAUAUUGAAAUGUGUUGCCAGGCGUGGUGUUCGCUUACUCCUCCAUGAUGCGUUGUCAUCAAUAUUCGACCUGCCAGAUUGCGAAGAUCCUGUGAUGCAUUGUCUGGAGUGCGUCAAACGUGAGGUUGUGUUUACCAUCGAUGAAGUUCAUGUCGGUGAUCAUAUCGUAUUCUGCGGGUACAUUUACGAUCAUCAUGCUAUAGUGUCUGAAGUAAACAGUGAAGAAAAAUCCAUUAAAUAUUUUGAAGCAACCAACACUACCCUAGGAUUUUUGUAUGAUGUUCUACGUCGUUUCAAAAAGGCUCACAUUAAAGAAACUGAAAUGCUUAACUUUCCAAAUUCAGAUAUUCAAUUAGUAGUGUAUAAAAAUAGAGAACAUGAUAUAAACGUAAUCUUAAGACGGGCUCAGGAGUGUGCUGACGACUAUGAUUAUUGUAUACCUACAAACAAUUGUGAACAUUUUGCCACAUAUUGUGUUACAGGAGUUGCAUUAAGUACGCAAAGUGGUAAAUUUAGAAUUAUAUUGGAUCUUUUCAUAGAUGGUUGUCUCUGCGCUGUAUUUGACGAAGGAAAACGUAACAUUGUACUGAAAAAAGGCGGACUUUUAUGUGAUUCCUGUUACGAACAGAAUGCACUGCUGCUUGGCGUGUCCCUGAAACCAAUAACAAAUAGCAAUGAUGUAAACCCUGGUGAUAUUAUUAGAUACAGGUACAACUGUUUAAAUCAUGAAGCAGUGAUUCUGACGGCAUCGUGUGAGGAUGAAAGACAAAUCAUCCGAUGUCACAUUGCGCAUUAUGCAUUUUGCCUUUUUAGACACAUGACAAUAACGGAAGAAGUUAUUUCAAUAAAAUUCAACGGCAAGUACAAUGUUGUGAAUUAUGGAGAAGCAAGGAAUUGUGUUCUUUAUGAACCAUCCGAAGUGUGCCAAAGGGCACGAUCAAGAAUUAAUAAAACAUUGUUUCUUUUGUUCGUUAAUGAUUCCACUCAUUUUGCUCGCUGGUGCAAACUAAAGUUCUGUGAGAUCUAAAAAAGAGCGAAAUCGAAAUAGAAAAAAAUGUAUCAAAAAAGAAGAAGAAAAGUUCCUUAGUUAUUAUAAGUUACAUAGUGUUCAUACCCAGCAGCAGGCCGAAUUGAACAUCUACGAAUCUGUUGUUUUCUCAUCCAACAGACUGCUAGAGUUUGUGUUGAAGGCAUACAUAUCAACAAAAUAUCAUUUUGAGGAAUAACUCAUAAGUACAAGAUUUGCUCAAGGAUAAGUCUUCUUUGAAAUAUUGACACAUCCCAUACCGGGUCAUAUACAAACCCCGUAAAGAAUACAUCACGUCGGCAAUCUUUAUACAUUGAUCAAGACGCAAAACAUCUCAAAAUGUCUUUCAUUUAUUAAUUGGAAUCGGAAAAAAGACGUCAUUUUGGUACGGUUAAAAGAAUAGGACAACAUGGUAAUAGUAGUAGAAUAUGGACAAAUACGGGGUCAACGAGUGACCAGUACUGGACCAAUGGCAUUGCGGUUUUCAUGUUUGAUGCGUGAUGUAUUGCUGUAUUCACUGAACAAAAAUAUGUUUUUGAUAAAAAAGUCAUAUUUGAGUGCCUUAUUAGUCUUGUAUGUUUUGCUCUGUAAGUAAUGAUUUUACGUGUUUUAUCAUAUACUUAUUGAUCUUGUAUGUUUCGCACUGUACUUUUGAUUUUACGUGUUUUAUCAUAUAAUUAUUAAUCUUGAUUGUUUUGCCCUGUAAGUAAUGAUUUAUGUUUUGCCAUGUAAGUAAUGAUUUUACGUGUCUUAUAAUUAUUGAUCUUGUACGUUUUGCACUGUACGUAUUGACCCUAUACGAUUUAUCCUGCAAUAAUUGGUUUUGUAUGUUUAUGAUUAUUAUUUUAUUCCUGUAAUCAAUGCACUUUUUGGUUCAACCCAUUAAUUCUUACAAAAACUCAAAAUAGCAUGGAACUUAUAUUAUAAGUAUCUAUCAUGUGUUUCCGGUACGGAUAGAAAAAUCCGACCCGAGGGCACGCGCGUAAGCCGGUAACGAGGCUUUCCGAGUUACCGACCACGCAGCGUGCCCGGGGGUCAUAUUUUUCGAUCCGGACUGGAAAAAACAUGAUUGAUAUUUUUUCUUGCAUAUCUAAAAUUAUCAAUGUGUGGAAAGAUUGACGUAAAAAUCAAACUUUUGUGCAUUUCACCAAAAAAUCGCGUGCGACGUUGAUUACUGACAUCAUAAAGCGCAGUUAUUUUAAACAACUAAACAUCGCGUUCUUUUUACGAUUAUUUAUUUUCAAUUUUAAUUAAAAGUCUUGCAUACAUAUAUACUUAAUUGGAAAUCACUCUCGAGCCGCCAAUAUCAGUAUAUGAAAGUCAAGCACGUGUCAAAAUAUUUAAAGUGACACUCUUAUUCAAAAUCAAUACAAACACAUGUAAAACAAACAUAAAUUUUGAGUGAUAAACUAUCAACUACUUACUAAAUAAUGCAUUUGUGGAAAAUAUUAAAUACUAUUAACAAUAUUAUAACUGUGUAUUUAAUAGCUGAAAACGCCAAAAAAAAUAUUGAAUGAUUAGUGAAUGCUAAACAAUUUACUGCGAUUUAGUAUGGUCUCAUAAGGUAGCAAUACCGUGUUUUCUGCACAUUUCUUUUAAAUUAAACACGGUAUUCUUCUUAAAAACCAUUGUUUUCGACUUUUGUUCAUCCGAUUUGGUAUAUUAAAAUAAUUGUAUUAAAUUUGUUAAAUCUUAUUUUGAGACAAUCGAAAUACUUAUGUAUUGCGUUAAAGUAUUAAAUUUAUAUUGAAAACUUAAAAGGUCAUGCGAAUAGUUAAAGACUUGUUCUUGUUUACCUCCCCGAAGAGCAAAAUGGAGUACGGUAUGCCGGUGACAGUAAUCAAAUAUGGAAAUACCCUUGCAUUGUAUUGUGCAAGUGUCAAA